AACCACAAUCUUUCCCCAUUGUAUGGUGAUUGACAAACCCCCGUCGUACAAGAAGCCUGGGAUCGAGUUUUUGGCUAAACAUGUUUCCAAAAACUCGAAUCUAAAGGUUUCUAAAGGGGCAAUUGUGCUAAAACAUGAUAUGACUAAUCUCGGAACGCUGUAUCUGGAGGCCCCUUAUAUUCUUAUUCCGCCUUUUGAUCUGGUCAAGCUCAUAGAGGUAGGCAAGUGCUGCAGCUACUGUGGUGAAACUUUGAAGGUGUACGAUAAAGGAAGACUCAGGGACAAGGAAGCCCACGAUGUUUCAGAUCAGAAACAUGCUCGAUUCAUGAGCGGGCUGGACUGCGGAGAUUGCAGCGCUGGCUGGUGCUCGCAAAACUGCAGAAAGCUUGACUUUUGUCACGGUCUCCUCACCCACCAGCCAACAAACAAAGGAAUGACUAACCAGAUCAUGAACUCUCGAGGAGAGAAACUUGUCUUGUUGUACGACCGAUGGACAAGUUUCAAGAAGGCCAUCCACGAGAAGAGUUUAGAGCUGGCGCACUGUGGGCUUUAUAUUAGCUUACAACUAUUCUACUACCCAGAACUGAAGGAUGGCUAUAUGAGCAUGCGGAAUGUAGUAGCAGAACAACGGGACGAAUUUCUGGGACGCGAUAUUGAUUUUACGACACUUUAUGAGGAAACGACCGCGUGCUUUAAGGAUUUCAAAAUGUCGAAAGACGAGUACCUAGACUGCAUAUCAAUAUUCAAGCUCAACAAUUACAACAGUGGAAUUUAUCCGCUGACAAGCUACUUGGCCGAUCCAUUUGGCGAGAUCAAUUGCUCGAUUGCACCGUUUGAAACAAGCAUCGCUCAUGACUACGAGGAUUUCCGUAUUGAUGUUGUUGACGAGCAUAACGUCAGACUGACAAAACAGAGACAUCUGGAGUCCUACAGAAAACCCAUUCAUACGAACAAUCUGAAGAUCGAAAAGAAGAUAAUCAUAGUGUCUAGCAUGCGCAAUAUCAAGAGCUCUGAGAAGCUUGUAGCUGGAGAGCCGCACGAAACAGGUUCUGCAUGCUCAAGUUCAGACAACUCUUCGAUGGAACAAUUUACGGCUCCCGUCCCACUGCGUGUCCCUGGGAAAGCGCGCAAGCACCGUAACGCAUCCUUCACGUCUUCGGGAAACUCGUUCGGGGAGGGAAUCAUCAAGUACAACAGGGACCAAAUUCGGGAAAUGCUUGUCGAGAUGUCUCUUGACUCUGACGAUAGCGAAUCGGAGACCCCUAUUCAGCUUGAAGUUCCAGAACAAUUUGUGAAGCCUCGACGUAAGAGCGUGCGUUUCGAAAGCUAAAUGAGUCAGUCAAGUGUGCAGAGUUGACUCAAGCGCAUGCUUGAGAAUUCAUACUGCCCUCCUUCAUGCUGCCGUACAAUCGUGCGUUUUUUGUCGGUGCAGCAGGAAAAGAUGGUUUUCGCACGAAUGUAUUUUUAUCAUCGCAGGAUACAAUAGAGAUGCAUGAAAUAAUAGUCGGAGAUGUAGAUAAGUACCAUGAUAAGUGCAUAAACAGCCAAUCACAUCAAUUUAUCUCGAACCGGGCUUCUUGAAGAAAUAUUUGUGGCUGGAGAUUACAUUCGCAGCUACGAGAGCUUUCCGGCGCAACGAAACUGCCAUGCCUAGACAAUGGACCCGCUUUUUUGAAUAUAAAUAUCUCGAGAUGCGCAGAUUUUCUCGUCUAAUCAAUACUACUCAUUUUUUGCAACGAUGAAAGACUCAAUGACCGAGGACCUCGCUGCAGACUAUGACAAGGCCGACAUGGUCUGGGUCAUGGUCAGUGGUGUGCUGGUCUGGAUUAUGAUUCCUGGUGUUGGACUUCUGUACUCUGGGCUAUCUAGAAAGAAACAUGCUCUUUCUCUGUUGUGGGCAUCGCUCAUGGCUAUCUGUUUGAUUUCCUUCCAAUGGUUCUUCUGGGGGUACUCGCUUACUUUCGGUACCAACUCAUCUGUGUUUUUAGGAUCAUUGGACAAUUUUUGCCUGAUGAAAGUUCUUGGAGAUUCUAACGCACUGUCUACUGUGCCGGACAUUGUUUUCUGCUUUUUCCAGGGAAUGUUUGCCAUGAUCACCGGAUGCAUUAUGCUCGGUGGUGCGUGCGAGAGAGCUAGACUGGGCCCAAUGAUGGUGUUCUUGUUUCUCUGGAUGACUGUCGUUUACUGCCCUUGUGCCAUGUGGACAUGGAACGCUAAGGGCUGGCUUGCAACCCUCGGUGCUUACGACUUUGCCGGUGGAGGACCAGUCCACCAGGCUUCUGGUUUCGGAGCCUUGGCCUACGCUUUGAUCUGUGGUAAGAGACACGACCCGGUUGCUGGUUCCAACUUGCCUAAGUACAGACCUCAUUCUGUCACAAGUGUCGUUCUGGGUACUGUUUUCCUGUGGUUCGGAUGGUUUGGAUUCAACGGAGGAUCUUCCGGAGAUGCCUCCAUCAGAGGAUUUUACGCCUGUGUUAACACCAACCUUGCUGCUGCUUGCGGUGGCCUUGCUUGGAUGUUCCUCGACUACUUCAGAUGCGGCCGUAAAUGGACCACCGUCGGAAUGUGCUCUGGUGCUGUUGCUGGUCUUGUUGGUAUCACUCCGGCAGCUGGUUUCGUGCCUGUUUACUUUGCCGUUCCAAUCGGUGCUCUCACUGCAAUUGCUUGCAACUACUCGGUUGACAUCAAGAACAUGAUUGGAAUUGACGACGGUCUGGAUGUUUGGUGUCUUCACGGUGUUGGUGGAUUUACCGGUUCUGUGCUGACCGGUCUGUUUGCUGCAGACUACAUCAUUGCUACUGACUAUGGUGUCUCUGGUGAGGGAGGAUGGCUCAACCACCACUACAAGCAGCUCGGCUACCAGCUGGCAGCCAGUGUCUCCAUCGACGCAUGGUCUUUUGUUGUCACUUCCAUCCUCCUGCUGGUUCUUAACAGAAUUCCAUUCCUCAAGAUCAGAUUGAGCGAGGAGGAAGAGGAGCUGGGUACUGAUGCUGCUCAAAUCGGCGAAUUUACUUACCAGGAGUCCAGGGUCUAUAUCCCAGAGCCAGUGAGAUCUGUCAAAAGUAUUCCAGGUACCAAGGCCACCAAGUCCAACGAACUCGACGCUGACGCCGUUCCGCUUCCAAAAGACGAAAAAGUUGACGUUUAAUACCGUGUUCUAAUAAUGAUAAUAAGUUUAGUGUAAUGGAGUAAAUAAAAUGACGGUGCUACUAUUCUCGGCGUUAAUCUUCAAUUUGCCUGCAUUCUUGCCGGAGGUUCAGAUUAGGAGGGGUCCAGCGUUGAUUACAUUAGCAUCCCAAGUACACAUCUAAAACCAUAAGGCUGUGUAACUUUAUUUUUUGUGCCUACUUAAAACUACCCUAAGCUAUUUUCUGAAAUUCGCGUACCUAUGAACUACGACUCUAAGAGUCAAAACUCGGUCAGCUUUUGUCUUUCAAAGGAUUUGAAGCUGCCGCUUAGAUUUCGAAUAAACGGGCUUAACGAUUACACCCAAAGGAUUGCGCAAUGUCUCUCCCUUGAAAAGCGGAGUGCCACUUCUCGAAUCAUACAGGCCAAACUUAAGGAUCAGCCUAUCAACGAGAUUUACGUCUAUGUCUAUGUUGAGUCUUCAGGAAAGCAGCUCACAGUCCCGGUUUUAACAAGUGUGGCAUACUCUAGCGGGAAUUCCAAAAACUCGUCACGAGGAAACUGGAUCCAUCUACCAAUAGACUAUUCACAACUACCACUUGAUGCCGUUCUUGUUUUGUCCCUUUUCAAUUACAAGCUGAAAACAGGUUCAGAAAACAAACUAGGAGAAUGUAGAUUGUACAUGUUCAACCAGGAAAACUGCACGCUUAUGAAAGGCUAUCAGAGGUUGAAAGUGGAUUUUGCAGACGGAAAAACUGAGGUGGAUCAGCAGAAGCAGAGCCAGAUGCAAAUUUUGGAGACUAAGCUUAAGCAGAGGGAACAUGGGGAUACUAGUCGUGCUGAAUGGCUGGAUCAACUAACCUUUCGCAGAAUUGAGCAGAUAAAUGCCAAGGAGGCCGCUAAACUUAAACAGCAGCUAUUGAUAACCAAAAGAACAGGAGAUGUGCAUAUAAAUUUGGAGCUGGCGCAAUUUGAGAUCCCUAUAGUCUAUUCUGAUGUCAAAUAUGCCACUUUGAACAUCACUACCUCUGAAUCCCACGUCAUGAAUGCAGUGGCUCGAAACAAUGUCAGCAAUAGAGAUCAGUUGUUGUUUAACGAGAUAAAACUAAGCAACCUUGAGGACUUGAAGAAACAGAAAAGACCAACCAUUUUUGAUCCGGACCAAUACAGGUCGGAAAUCAUUGAAGAUCCUAUCGAAAGCAAAUUCAGAAGAUUAGAAAGAACUCAUCAAUCCUCAUCUCUAGACAAAGAUAUAAAGCCUACCCUGAAGUUGAGGGCCGAACUUACCAAGAUUUUGCACAAGCAAUUCUUUGAAAAACUCAGCCAGAAGGAAAAGAACAUGAUUUGGAAGUAUAGGUUCUUCCUGUUGAACAAUCUGAUCCUGAACAAAAAUAAUACAGAGUUCAACAAUUUCGUGAUUAACUUUAUCAAGUGUAUUGACUGGGAGGAUGAUUUUGAGGUUAAUGAGUUUUUGGUCAUCAUAAACAACUUAAAUACCGAUCCGUACUCCAAUGUGUUUAUCCAAAAGAUGGAAAUUGUCGACUGUCUUGAACUGCUCAGUGCAAAUUACAAAAAUUACAUUGUGAGAAACAUGGCGCUAGAACGCCUUAGAUUGGCAUCAGAUGACGACUUGGAAAUGUAUAUGGUUCAAUUGGUUCAGUGUAUCAAAAAUGAAGCAAACUAUUUGAGUCCGAGGACGGAUAUCGACGACGAUGGUGAAGGAGACAACAAUUCAGAAGAGAAUUCCGAGUUUUUAGAUUUUGAAGACUCAACGUACACCACCAACUCCAGUGAGUUCCAAGUAAUAAACACCGAAGAAGAAGACCCAGUGGUUAAAUUACUCAAUAAUCCUAAUAUAACGAACCCGGAAGGAAAGAUAAUCGAGAAAUUGCCGAAGUUGCAAUCACCUUUGGCAAAAUUCCUGAUUGAACGCUCGAUAGACAGCGAGAGGCUGUCCAACUUCUUCUAUUGGAAUCUUAAGGUUGAAGUGGAUGAUGAGCGAGAAAGAUAUAGAUUUGCACCAGGAAACAUCAGAGCAGCUAACGCAGCCGAACAAACAGAGUAUGCUCCCGAACAAACUGCUCGUGGGUCACAGGUUCCAGCAAACUGUGUCAAGCAUAUAUUUCUUCGGACUUUGCUCCAUUUUGUUGCUAAUCUGGGAGUGAGCAGAAAUGGCUCAGAUAAAAUUUGGACUCUAAGAAACCAGGUGGAACUUAUAUCAAGAUUACAUUCAAUUUCAAAGACAAUCAAAAUCGACUUCAAGAAGGAUCCGACGCAGAAAAAAAUUGAGGCACUCAAGGCUCUUUUGGCUCAAAAGUUCAAGGCCACAAAGCUCAAGUCGUCAAGAAAAUCCAUGUCAGAGUACGAGUCGCUUUUGGAUUUUGCACCUGUUCAACUUCCAUUGGAUCCAAGUGUUCACGUGACAGGAACUAUUCCUGAGGAGUCAAGUGUGUUCAAGAGCAGCCUGAAUCCUCUAAAGAUUGUAUUUAAAACUAUUGAGGGCCCUCCUUACCCCAUCAUGUACAAGAUAGGAGACGAUUUACGACAAGAUCAGUUCGUGAUUCAAAUUAUGACUCUCGUGGAGCGUAUACUUUUAAAUGAGAAUUUGGACAUGAAGUUGAAACCUUACAAGAUUAUGGCAUUGGGAUCCGUUGAAGGGCUUAUCCAGUUUAUUCCCAACUCUUCCCUGUCGUCCAUUCUUCAAAAGCACUUGACCAUUCUCACCUACUUGCAGACCUACAAUCCAGAUCCUGAGGCACCGCUGGGUGUCAAAUCCGAAGUGAUGGACAACUACGUUAGAUCAUGUGCUGGCUACUGUGUUUUGACUUAUAUACUUGGUGUGGGUGAUCGUCAUUUGGAAAAUUUACUGCUGACCACUGAUGGCUACUUUUUCCAUGCUGAUUUUGGGUACAUUUUAGGACAGGAUCCUAAACCGUUCCCGCCUCUUAUGAAAUUGCCGAUUCAGAUUAUAGAAGGAAUGGGAGGUCUUAAUAAUGAAAACUACCAGAAGUUCUGCAAUUAUUGUUUCAUCACAUACAUCACAUUGCGCAAAAAUGCAUCUUUGAUUCUCAAUAUUUUUCAGCUCAUGAUAGAUUCGUCCAUCCCUGUUUUAAGGACCUCAGGUAGCAACGGGGUGUCUAACGAAACUGAAAAGUUCGAACUAAUUUGGAAAAUUCAGGAAAAGUUCAUGCUCGAAUUGAACGACGAGGAAGCGGUGCUGCACUUCCAAAACCUCAUCAAUGACAGUGUGAAUGCCUUUUUGCCCGUCGUUAUCGAUAGAUUACACAGUCUCGCUCAGUAUUGGCGCGCUUAAAUCAUCUCGAGACUACGUAUUUCUGGAGCGCUUUCGAGGGGAGAACCUGUUGCUUGACGAACAGCUUGAGAGCGUUCGUUCUCGAAACUGUAUAAGCGAAAAUCAAGUUUGAAGCAGCGAAUUUGCUCAGACUAUUAAGCUUUUUGUCCAGGAAUCCAACGAAUUUCGCUUUAUCUAUUUUGGGGUUUUUAUCUACCAGGUUGAUAGUAACGCUUCUAAUGAAAUCUCGCUGUUUUUGAGUGAUCGCACCGCGGAUUAAUGUCUGGCGAAAGCUUCGAUACUUGUCAGAAUGCUUCUCGAGUUGUUUUUCAAAUUCCACAAAAAGUUCCUCGAGGGUCGCCUUCUCAGUGAUUUUUUGAGACUCUGGGUAUCUGAUCUUGCCGCGACGAAUGAUUUUGACAAGUGACAAGGUCUUAGCUCCGGUAGGGUGUAUUUGAAUCUGAUAAAAUUCUUCAUUCCCUAUGUUGAGUCCCCAGACAUCACGCCUCAACUGGAUCCAUGGAAACUGGCUUGUCUUAAACUUGCCAAAUAUAUUUUCUGUCUGAAUCACUUCUUGCUCCUUAAACUUUUCGAAGAUCUUUUGAUAGCCAUCAAGAGUGUCAUACUCCAUGUAUUUGAUAUCUUCGAUCUCUGGAGGUUCCUUUCUGCCACGACCAGUAUCGCUUUCAAACAGAGAAACUCCGUUAGUCUUGAUCUUUCCUUCUAGAGUGGGAUUGGAAUGAACGCCCACUCUGUGUGCAUCCACAAAGUCAAUCACGUAGCAUCUAUGUUUGCUCUCAUGAAGCCGUAGCCCACGUCCAACCAUUUGAGUAAGAAGGGUUUUUGACUGCGUCGGACGUACUAUGAAUAUCGAGUCAAUACUAGGAAUAUCCGUUCCUUCUGUAAACACACCACAAUUCAUUAAAACAGGCAGCUGUCCAUUUGAAAAUUCCGCUACCAGUCUUUCGCGCUCAAAUUUAGACGUAUUGCCUGUCACAUAUUGUGCAUUCACACCAUUAGAGCGGAAAACCAGCGACAAACUUUCCAAAUGGGCAACAUUAACGCAAAAAAACAAGGAUGAUUUCAGCUGAUACUUUUGUGCAAAAUGCUGGUAACUUUGGAAGACAAGAGCGUUGAUUUCAUCUUUGUUGACAUGAUUUGCCAGCUCUUCCAUCUUAUAAUCUCCAUCUUUGCCGAUGGAAACCUGGGAGAGCUCGAGACCAGCAGAAACCUGGAUCCACGAAAAAUCAGAUAAAUAGCCUUCUCGAAUGAGAUCCACCAAAUUUUUGUCAAAGACAAUUUCGUCAAAAGCAAGACCAAGUGGCAGUUCAUCGUACCUCGAUAAUGUCGCGCUAAACCCGAGUAGCGCUAUAUCACAAUCUGCAGAGUCGCAGCCAAAAUGCUUCAGAAUCUUAGUGUACGAGUCUGCGACACCGUGAUGGCAUUCGUCGACCACUAUAGCCUUGUAUUCACCGGGAUCAUGGGCCUCCAAUCGCUGAGCACUCCUGUUCAAAGUUGGAACUGAGGCAACUACGACAUCAAUGUCUGGUGCAUGUGAAGGUUUGCGAUUUGCCAUAUCCAGUUCUAUCUUGUAUUGAGGGUACACUUUUCGCAAAGAUGCAAUUGCC